AACUAGAUAGACAAAGUUUUUGAAGCUGUUUGUGUGUGUUUGAUUGCUGCAUAUACAGAUAUACAUUUUUUUUCGUAACAAUUUACUACUUAAAAUGACGGCCACAGGUAACAAUUUCCAAGUGUUUUUGACAUCAAUACGGACAUUGGAAAAGUUAGUUUUUCUUGUUCAAAUAAUAAUUAUUGUGAUUUCUAUUCUACAUAUACCUAAAACCAAUGCUCGGAUUAAUAUGGAGGAUGCAUAUGAAAAAGUUAUUAGUGAAAAGAUUAUUGAAACCAAAUACGGGAAAAUUCGUGGUGUACAAUUUCUUUUUCGCAAGGAUCUUUCUCUGCGUCCCGUGGAUGCAUACCUUGGAAUACCUUAUGGCUCGUUUAGAAAAAAUGCUAUGCGAUUUAUGCCACCUGGAAACCCCCCUUUUCGUUGGGAGGAAACAUCCCCUGUGCUUGAAACGGCAUCAGUUUGCCCACAAAAAAUAAUGGAUGAAAAUACCUUACGGGAUGCUAAAUUACCUAAAUCUCGAAAGGAAUACUUAAGAAAAAUUCGACCCUAUCUCAUUAAGCAAGAGGAAGAUUGUCUCAAACUAAAUGUUUACGUACCCCGUCAAGGUAAGUGUAUCUUUAAUUCUUUGGACUUUGCACUGGAUUGUACCAUUCCGAAUGAGCUGAAGGAAAGGUAGGUCAAUUCUAACUAAUAUACACUACAC